AUGUCCUUGUUUGAGAUUUUUAUCACUCUCGCAUAUCUGGCUGCUCUUCUCACCUGGGAGUUUGUACACACAAAUAACCUGGACCCUGACUUUUGGUCCAACAAGGCUGCACACCUCGCAGCUAUCCAAGUACCCUUACUUCCUGCUUUAUCUUCGAAAAACAACGUGAUAGGCUGGCUCACUGGAGUCAGUCAUGAAAAGCUCAAUGUUCUCCACCGCAGCGUUGCACGGUGUAUCCUAGUCUUGAUCUGGAUUCAUCUUUGGGGAAGGCAUCGCAUCGGAUUUACUGGUGCAGAUGAUCUCUCUGUAUUCCAUUGGGAGCGGCUCGGGCUUGCUGCAGGCACCAUAUAUACCCUCACCAUCAUCCUCACCUUGCGGCCAAUUCGAUUGCUGUCUCACGAGGUCUUUUACUUCACGCAUAUCAUAUUAGUAUUCGCUUUCGUACUGCUAGCAUACUUCCACACUUUGACGCCUGGAUUUAGCUACUAUAUCUGGCCAACGUGGGUCGUGUGGGGCUUCGAGCGUCUUUUCCGCCUCGCUCGGUACCUCACCCUUAACGUCUUCCCCCGCCCCUCGCACUCCAAAGCGCGACUCUCGCUCAUCAGCAGCGACUCCCUCCGUCUAACGCUCAUCCGGCGGAUUCCCCUCGGGUGGAUGCCAGGCCAACAUGUCUUCCUCGCGUUCCCGACCGUCUCGAACGUGCCCCUCGAGUCCCACCCGUUCACGAUCGCGAACAUACCGAAGGAGGGUAGGGGCGAACAGGAGCUUGUGUUCAUCAUCCGCGGGAGAGAGGGGCUGACGAAGAGGCUGGUGGAGCGGGCAGCGGAGAAGGACGGGGUCAAGAUCCCUGUGUUUCUGGACGGGCCGUACGGUAACCCCACAAAUCUGCGGCCAUAUACGACGUGUGUCUUCAUUGCUGGCGGAAGCGGGGUCUCGUAUACUUUGCCUCUUUUACUCGAUCUAGUCAAACGGGUGCGGGAUGGAACAGCGCUAGCGAAGAGGAUUCUGUUCGUCUGGGCCAUCCGUGACGAAGAGUACCUGGAGUGGGUCGCUGGAUUGCUCGCGGACGUCAUAUCCACGGUCCCUCCUAGCCUCUCCAUCGACAUCGACCUAUACGUGACCGGCACUAGCACACAGGCAAAAGCGGCAAGCGAUCUGCCCCUCCAAGAACAAGCGACUACCACGCACACCACGCGCGAGCCGUCGGGGUCAGGAGAGAAGACUCCAGAGAGCGCUGAAGUCGGCGGGCUUCCAUCGCCUCGAAAGGGUAGACCCAACGUGGCGCAGCUCGUGCAUGGCGAGAUAAACACAGCAAAAGGGCCGACAUCAGUUGAUGUUUCUGGACCUCCGUCGUUGAUCAAAGCCGUGCGCGAUUCGCUGACCUCGCCCAUAUCUGCAACGCGGAGCGUGAUGAACGGGGGUCCCACUGUACACUUCCACGCUGAAAACUUCACGCUGUGA